GAAUUGUUUCACAACUUUGUUCCUCUCAGGAUUAGAGACAAUCCGAUAACACCUUUCAAAUAAAUCGACUUUUCAGAUGAGUACAUUUUCUCAUCGGAAUUCAACAAAGUGUUAAUGUCAAAAAUGAUCGUGUAGAAGUUUAAUCUUGUUUACCUGUUUCACGUUGAUAAUACACGUUGGUGAAGUAAGCAAAGGAGCUCCCCAAGACCCGGCACCGACAACAUUUCAAUUGACAUGAUUGGAGGAGAGCUUUGACGUCGCGGCCGCCCAUUGGUUGCCUGAAAUGGCAAUCAAGACCAAUGACAGCGACUUAACUUUAGCGCGUCUGUCUUCCGCACGGUGGCGACAGAAACUCUGCUGACAGAUGUCACUGACUUGGAGUUUGAAGACCUUUGGCCUGGGGGUAGUGGCCCUUUCCCUCAGUCUGGAGCUGCUUUGUUGGCUCUUUGGUCGCCUCAAACACAGAGGAACCCUUAACAAGGUCCUCAUCUUCCCAGAGGUGGCCUGCGUGGAGUACUUGUUCAGACCAAAUUCAGAAGGCUUGUGUUUCUGUGGGCUGCCACAUGGUGUAGAGACAUCUUUUUCUCAUCUCCUCCGCUACAUCCUCUCUGCCUCUUCCUCGCUGGACUUGUGUCUUUUUUCUUUUUCCAACAUCGACUUGAAGAGAGCUGUAAUACUACUCCAUGAAAAGGGUGUGACUAUCCGGGUUGUUGUUGACAAGGACUAUUCUGCCAUCACUGGUUCACAAAUAGGGUGUCUACGCAAAGCUGGCAUCCGCGUGCGUUGUGAAGCGGACUAUGUGCACAUGCACCACAAGUUUGCGGUGGUGGACGGCCGGCUACUCAUCACCGGCUCCCUCAACUGGACACUCACAGCUGUGCAGUGCAACAGGGAGAACGUCAUCAUUACGGAGGAGGCAGAGCUGGUGCAGCCCUUCAUCAAGGAGUUUGAACGUUUAUGGGUGCUCAAUGAUCCAGCCCGAGUCUAUAACAACCUGUAAUGGAUGGAAAAGAUUUACCACAAAGAUCACUCGGCCUGUGCAAGUUUACCUGGUGUUAAGAGGCUGCGUUUACUUUAAGUUUAAAUACCAGAAUGCCUCUCAAAGGAAUGAGGCUUGUUUAAUCAUUCAGCUAUUUUUCAGUCUGCUUUAGUAUUUCUUUUAUGACAAAAUGCUUUUUAAAUGAUAAGUUAGAUUGCAGAUUGUGUUCAAGUUUUAUCAGUUUUUUAGUGGUAUAUCAAGGGAAUUUCUCUUGUUUCAGCAUGUGAAAUAUUCAGUUUAGAAUUUUUUUUAAAUCUAUGUCCUUUAUAAUCUUUAUAAUGUCAGGUUUAAUUAUUUUUCAGCUUUUAGUCAAAUAUGUUUGAAGUUUUUCAUGUGUAAGCAAGCUGUUAAAUCUGAAUGUGGAUAAUUAUUAGUUUCUUGUUUUUGUGAAAAUCUUUAUAUUUUGUAUUGCAUUUGCAUUGGCAGUAAAAGUAGGAGUUUGUUUUUACAAGAGGCUCAAUUUGGUUUUUCUGUUAAGUACAGUUUGUUUUUUGCUGCCGCUGUAAUUUAAUGUUUCAAAUUGUUUAUGCUCAUUACUGCCUGUGGUUUUCCAUGAUGCAAUGUUUGAACAUGAAAAAGUGAACUUUUCUUGACUCUGUUUGUUCUCAUUUAUAACAACACUUUGAAAAACACUUUGUCUGGUUUAUUUUAUAAGUUAAGCUAAUG